AUGAGCGCCGGGGGGCUGCUGCCGGCCGCACGCACGCGUGCUCUGCGCGAUGCACUCGAGCAGUUUUCUCAGGGAAUCCAGGAUGCAUCCAAAAGGCUUCGUGUAGUGUACUCGACGCGCCCAGAUUGGGACGCAUUGUCGGGCGAGCGGCACUAUGCGGUGCUCGACGCGUCGUUUAACCCUCCCACACGCGCGCACCUCGCCCUCGCAUCCAUGCCACGCAGCGCGACGGAUUCCAAGGCGCUGUAUGACGCGCAUAUACUCAUUUUCUCUGUGCGCAACGCGGACAAGGGACGGGGCCGCCCGGGCGAUGCGAGCCCGCUGCAGCGCCUCGAGAUGAUUGAACUACUUGCCAAGCAGCUCGAGAAGGACUUGCCGAAGCCCAAUGUCGCCGUCGCACUCGUCGACGAGCCGCUCGUGUUUGCCAAGUCGACCUUGAUUCACGAGACACUCGCCAAGGACGCACCGCUGCAUCUCCACUACUUGAUGGGCAGCGAUACCAUCACCCGUGUCUUUCAGCCCAAGUACUACGCGUCCGAGGCGCACCUCGCGUCGUCGUGCACCAAGUUCUUUGAGGAGGAACAGUCGGUGAUGGUCUGCGCCGAGCGCUCUGCCGAGUCAGUCACUGGGCAUGCCGGGCACCCGGAUUGGUCAGGCGACGAGGCACGCUCGGAUGAGCUGCGCACGCUCCUCGCCAGUGCCGGGCCGGCACACGACUGGUACAAGCGCGGUGCGAUCCAGCUGCGCCACCUCGAUCCGGACGCGGCGCGGCACAGCUCGACGGCCGAGGUGCCGACGGGUGACGCGGCGCGCACGGCCCUGUGUCAAAUGGUGCCGGACACGUUGGUGGACUACCUACUCGCUCACAAUACGUACAAAAAGUCGGAAUGA